AUUCGGUUGGGCGUUUUCCGUAACGAUGACAACCUCACUAUGACGACCUCAGCUAACAGUGUACUUUCGAGCUAGACGGGAGUCGCUAUAUAACAAAAACCGUUCUCUACUAUAAAAGUACAAUGAAUUCUAACAAGAAAUUUUCGAAUAACUUUGAAGCUUGUAUCUUUAAAGCUAAGAAAAAUAUUUUGCAAACUAUUAAUAAAAAGAAUUCCGUAAGUAGUGUCACGAGGAUCCUUCGUCGUGAUUUGAAGUCUCAUCUCUCCGAUGUAUCGAAAAAUGUGGCUUGCGAUUGUAAUCACAUGAGAUCAUACACUUAUGACAAUGUCGACAGUGAUCUCUCCUCUGGAAAACACAAUAAAUACACGCAAUCAGUUGCAUAUGUAGGCGGUUCGUUGCGGAUGUUAAGCAGUGAAGAAUGUAUUCAAUGCUAAAAAAUACGUGUUCCAUACAUUCUUCAAAACCCAGUUUACAUAUGGUUUACAUUAAACUAGGGAUUUAUUUGGAGGUAAACCAUGAAACAAAAUUGUAAAAAUCUUACUAUUAACUUUUUAUUUAGGCUCUUUGGUUUGAUAAUGUUUUCAUAUAUUUACAUUAGUUUAAAACUUUGUGUUCAGUCGUUAUGAGUUUUUCGCAAAGUUGUAUUUUCAACAUACUUUGUACUCAUCUGAAUAUAGGGCCCGUUUCAAUAUAUAAUUGUUCAAGAUCGAAAUAAAUAGCUUCAAGAUUGACUCCUCUGUGAUAGAAUCUGUAAUGUAUCAGACGAGGUCUAGAUAUUACUUACAUCUGUCAGCCUAACGGUAUGUCAAAAGUUAGAUACAAAUUGUACUUAGGAUGGGUAUAUUUUAGAUAGGCUAGUGUUGAACGUCAGACAAAUAAACAAAAGAUGUGGUGAUCCUUUAAAGGAUAGGAAUUAGUUAAUACACUGACUGAAAGAGUAUUAGGGUGACACAGUUCUUAUUAGCUACUUAAAAAAUACAGGAUGUGGAUGAGCAUACCAUCAUACAGAUGUAUAAAGCAUGUUAAAGGUGUUUGAGAGGGCCAAAUACGUGGACAAAAUAAAUGGAAAGAUUAUGAUACUAAAUUUACACGAUAUUAAAUGGAAAAAGGAUUUUGGAAUCAAACAACCUUCACCUUAUUGUAAAGAAAUUUACUUCUCUUCUGAACGAAUGGCCUGAAACUGACCAUUAUUUAAAGUUAGAGUUCAAUAAAGUUUAAAUUUUUAAGUCAGUCAGCCGGAGAGUACAACAUUGCAUAAGUUGUUACACCACACUAAUACAAUGAGAUGAAAUUGCGAAGACAAGUCCCUGAUUAGUAGAACUAAUAGCAGCGUCACUAGUAGAAGGGAAGAUUAGAAACAGGAAAUGCAAUACAAGAAGAAACAAUUUAUCCUCAAAAGUGAAAGAGAAAAAUCAUAAAAUGAUUUCGAAAUUUGGGAUCCAAGGGUUGAUAAAAAAUGAAUGCAACUUAAAUGGUGGUGUUAUAGUUGUAUACAGAACAUACAUCAUAUACAUUCUAUUUGAGCACAGAAAUGUUUAUAUUAUUUCGUUUUUCUCCAGGUUACUGCUUUACGUCGGUGAUACGUUCUCGAACGCGCAUUUACUUUGGUUUCUGGCUACGUUUAGCUACAGAUUAUAAAUCCGCACGUAUUUUGCGUGACCAUAAUCUACUCAAAUCAUCUUUACUUUUUUGGAAAUACGAAUUUGACUAUCGAAUCUCGCUAAAAUUUGCAAACAAAAAGGCUACAGAUUAUCAUAACUUUAAUAUGAAGUUGCGCUCACUUUUUAUUUGGGUGUCUUACGUACAAAGAAGACGGAAAAGCAACAAGUCAAAAAGUAUGGCAAAUGCUAAUUAUCGUCUUCAGGCAUUGCAAAGUCAUAUGACAUGUUGGAAAAUGAAGCAUUUUUUAACUGGAGAAUCUGCUGUUGAAAAAUCCCUUUUUUCUGCAGCAAGAGCUCACCACCGUCGGCAUGCUUUACGUAAAACUUUAUUUGCUUGGAUGUUAAGAAAUCAGUUUUGGCAACAAAAAAGGACAUUACGUAAUACCGCACUAAAGUUUCUUCACAAUAAACUGAACAAAUCUAUCAUGGUAUCAGUAAUUCAAGAAUGGUAUCACCAAAUUUCAGAUAUUCAAACUUCAAAUAAACAUAAUAGGUAUAGGAUUUUGAAGACGUUCCUAAAAAUGUGGUCACAUCGAUGCGAAGUAACUAUUAUAGAACGUCAAAUGUAUUAUUCUGCUUGUAAUUUACAUUCUAUUUCAGUACGUCGUCGGUGCUUUUCGCUAUGGAGAAAUUAUGCAUUAUACAAGAGAAAAAAAUACAAACAAAUAAAAUUUGUUACUCGAUUUUAUAAAAUAAAUCAAAUAAAAAAGUAUUUUGUUGCUUGGAUGAAUUACCAUUUUGUGGCUGCUGAUCAUCGCAGUAGUGUUCAAUCCAUGAAUAUGAAACGUAAUACAUCAUUGAUCAAACAGUGUCUACUAAAAUGGAAAGAUUAUUGUACUAUUAAACAAGAAUUAAUGUCAAAAUUAUCUCAUUUUAAAAAGUGUCAGAAAGGCAAAUUACUCAAAGAAUAUUUUCAAUAUUGGUUGAGUAAUCUUCUCUUUAAACAGUCACAAGAACUAACGAUAUGGAACUUUAGAAAACAAAAACUUAUGGAAAGCAUAAAAAAGUUAUUUCUUGCAUGGUCACAAUGGACUUUUAGUCGUCGAGAAUAUCAUUUGAAAAUGCAGCUUACUUUUAAAAUAAGUUUAGAGAAUAUGCGAAUUGUUACUAUACGAAUUUGGUGGACACGUUGGAGAUCUAUGUAUAACUAUUGUUCAAGCAUUAAACUUGCAUGCAGAUUUUAUAACAAGCAAAUACUUGUUCAGUGUCUCAAUUGCUGGUCUGCUUUUAUUAUUAUCCAGAAAUAUAAAAUCAAAUUAAUUGAAACAGCUAAUGACUUUCGAAUUCGAACAAUUCAGAAACAAUUCUUAAGACAAUGGCAUUUAAAACUAACUGAAAACAGAAAACUUCAAGCUUUGAAAUCCAUAGCUCUAGUGAGAUGGUCUUUAUGCUUACAAGCAAAAGUGUGGAAGGCUUGGCAUUUAUGGAUUGGAAAACAAAAGUAUAAAAGAAACAGACGAAAAAUUGCUACCCAACGGUAUUAUGAGCACAAAACUGUCGACUCUCUAAGACUAUGGAUUACUGUGGCUUUAAAUAAACGUCAUGAAAGACAUAUGAAGUACUGUUCAAAAUUUUGGAACAAUGACAUUCGUGUUUUUCAAUUAGUACUUAAUACAGCAACACGUUGGUACUGGUGGACGUUUUCUAGAGGAAUUCGUCAAAAUAUAAGGGAACUUAAUGCGAGUAGUAUUUGGGCUGACUUUUCUGGAUUGACUAAUGAAAAUCGCAUAUCGAGACUUUCAGAGUGUGGCAGUAAUUUCAGAGCAAUACGAAAUCGUGAACUAACACCUGCACGUUUUCCUGAUUUUAUUAUCCCUGAACUAAAUUCACUUGGGCUUACUAAUACUGCAGAAUUCGAACAAACAUCAGUUCAUGUACCUCCAUUAAUAGAAACUUUUCACCAUGAGACGACCAAUUGUCCAGAUAUUCAUUCCUGUGUUUAUUCAUUUUCCAAUCCACCAGAUGUUCAUGAAAUUAAUUUAUAUCUAGACUCAUUGGUGGAGCGGAUAUCUUACUACAGAAUGAUAAAGUCGAAAUAUAAACUGAUUCAUCAACGCCUUUAUUUAGAGGGUCAGACUGAGAUUAAAGCUACUUACAAUGAAGAGGGAUCUGCUGAUGUAUAUUUCAAGUAUCAACUGAAGAUGGAGAAAGAUACGUGUAACCUGCUCAUCAAACAACUACGAUCUUUUUUUGUCCAGUUAUCUAAGUCUACAUAAUAUAAAAUGUAUCAAUUGCAUUUUCUGUACUCCUUCGCUGGAAUUUGUUAUUAGUGACGCUUUCGUGUCUUUCAAGUCUAAUAAUCGUGUCUUUAUUACUGUAUGGAUAAAGUGCAUUCACAUACUCUAUACUCUUAUUCUGACAUCAACACAUGAUCUGGAUGCUCUAGAAAAGUCAAUAUCUGUUUUCUAUUAUUAGUAACCGUUGUAUCCCGUGGAGAAUUACGAAUGGUAACUUUUGAGGACUAUUCAUGUACCAAUAUGAUAUAUAUAUAUAUAUUUCCUAUUGCAUAACUGUUAUGUAACUAAACUAUUCAUAUUCGUGUCCCUCUUAUUAUAAGCUUUAUUUUGACCUAAAGACUAUGAUUAUACGAUUUACCAUUCCUAAGUUAUACCCAGUCUAUUAAUUACUGUCCCCCCUAUUCACGGUCACAUUUGGCCAAAUCUUGUACAAAUGUUAUUUUCUAUUUUAUGAUACGAUGGGGUCAGUUUGUUUGGUAUAUAAACCCAACAUGUUUGAG